AUGGGUAAGCGCGCGUGGGACUCGGCAAGGGUGAGAGACUGGCACGAGCAGGAUGCCAAUGGGGAGGAGAGCGAAGGCUGGCUUGCAUCAACAAUGAUGGCACAACGCGUGGGGAGAGACGAUUCAAUUGGGAGGGCGACAGCGCAUAUGACCAAAGGAACCAUAACACAGCAGCAGCAGCAGUCAGUCGCAGUCGCAGUCUGGGUGAGCGCGCGAAGAGCUAGUAGCAGCACCAAGGCUCCGCCCAGCAACAAGAGGAUGUACGGCGAAUUGGCGAACGAGAAACGGGGGCAAAAGAGUGUAGGUUCCACCUGCUGUCAAAAAGGAGGUGAGUCGUCGACGCGCCAGGACGAGGACGAGGAGCGAAGCGGUUUAGUGAGCUAA